UAUAAUAUAAAUAUUUAUAUUUGUAUUUAUAUAAACUUAAUAGAGAUAAGUGCAAAGGAUUUAAAGAAGCAAGAAAAAUUUCUGUCAACUGGCUGCUCUAAAAUAAAUAAAAUAUUCAAUGGUGGCAUUCCUUGUCAGGGUAUUACACAAAUUUAUGGUGCAGCUGGUACUGGAAAAACCCAAUUAGCUCUUCAGCUGUGUCUUACUGUACAAUUACCUUUAACUGAAGGUGGCUUUGGUGCUGGUGCAAUAUAUAUUUCUACUGAAGCUGCUUUUCCGGCAAAACGAUUACAUGAAUUAAUUCAAAAUUUAGAUAUCAUUCAAGAAUAUGAUAAUAUAAAUGGUGAUAUCAUAUUUGUGGAACACAUUGCAACUAUUGAAGACUUAGAGUCAUCUUUGCUUCAUAAAGUGCCAGUAUUAUUAAAUAGACAAAAAAUACGUCUACUAAUUAUUGAUUCUAUAGCUGCACCAUAUAGAGUGGAAGAAUGGAAUAGUGAAUCAAGAAAUAGAUCUAAAAGUCUAAGAAUUGUGGGACAGCAGCUACAUAAAUUAUGUAAAAAUAAUGGUAUUUUUAUAGUUUGUAUCAAUCAGGUAUCAGCAGUUUUAGAAAAUAAGAACAAAUAUUGUGACAUUAAAGAACAACCUGCUUUAGGAAUUACAUGGUCAAGCAUGAUAACUAAUUCUAUAUAUUUUUAUAGAAAAGACUCUAUUCGUUAUGCUUCUACUUUUUUAUCACCUUAUUUGCCAUGUAAAACCAUACAAUUUGAGAUAAAUACGUCUGGAAUUAAAGGAAUAGAAUAAUGUAUAUAAUAGUGGAAUCUUAACAUAUGAUGUAAAAUUUCAGAUAUUUUUUAUUGUGCAAGUUCAUGAAUUUCAGAAAAUAUAUUUUCAUCUAAUGUUCUAAUAA